AUGCAAUUAUCUUCAUCAUAAAUCAUCCAAUACACAAUGUCUAAAAUUGAAAAAAGCUUCUUAGAAUUAGGUUGUCAAAUAGAAGUUAUUCAUUUUCUAUUAUUUUCUAGUCUAAUUUCUCUGAAAUUGAUGAAUUAAUUGACUCAAUUUUUAUUAUUCCCUUUAGAUAAGUAACUCACACAGUUAAAUCUAAACUUGAAAUACCUUAAUUACCUGAAUUUUCUAUCUCAAAAUUUGAUAACUCAUAACAAACUCAUGAGAGUUUAAAACCUUUGCUUAAUAAGAUUAUCCAAAAUAGAAUUGAAGUUAAUUAGUAAAAGUUAACCUAAACUAACUUUGAAUAGAAAAUAAUUUAAGAAGAGCAAGAAAAUAAUAUUUUAACAGAAGAAAUUGAUACUAAAAAUUAGUAAAUCAAAUAAUCUGAUAAUCUUUUGAAUGAAGUAAAAAGAAAUAAUUUAUUAGAUAGAAAUAAAAGGAAGUAAUUAAGUUGAUAAUGAAUAGAAGUAAUUGGAAUAAUAAUUGAUGAUGCAUAAAUAAGUUCAUUUUUAAUUAAUUGAUGAUAAAAAUUAAUAGAGUUCGUAAUGUUACUCAAUAGUGUUCAAUUAAGAUGGAUCAAUUAUUAUUACAACUUAAAUUUGUGAUAUUAAAAUUUGGAAUUUUGAAAUAGGAAGAUUUUAAUUAUCUAAUUCUUAUAGUAAACAUAGAAAUCCUAUUAAAUGUUUGGUUUAUAGUAAAAAGACCAAUAACUUUAUUUCUGGUUGUGCUUAUCAUGAAAUUAUUUGUUGUCAAUAAAUUAAUCAAAAUGAGUGGAAAUACUCACAACCAUUUAAAUAACAUAGUGGCAGUGUUAAUUGUUUAAUGUUAAAUGAUUAGGAGGAUCAACUAAUUUCAGGAGGGAGUGAUCAUAAAAUAAUAGUAUGGUAAAUUGAUUUUUAAAGAAUGAUCUGA